ACUCGUGAAACAGAUGAACGUGGACGAGCAAAAUCAAAGACUCGUGAAACAGAUGAACGUGGACGAGCAAAAUCAAAGACUCGUGAAACAGAUGAACGUGGACGGGCAAAAUCAAAGACUCGUGAAACAAACGAACAUGGACGAACCAAAUCAAGAACACGAGAACAUGAUGAUAGAGAAAGAGCUGAAAAAUCCACACGUGAUAAAGAAUAUGAGAUUUUAAUGGAAAAGGAAAAGUUCGCUCAGCUUCGACGUGAAAAGACUAAACAUGAAACUAAACAUGAAACUCAUCAUGAAAAAGAUGACACUCAUACAAGUGAAGUCAUGAUUUAUAUUGAGGAACUUCGUCAAUACAGAGAAAUGACACUAACAUCCAACACAACUGCUCUGGAUGUUUUAACUCAUUUUCGUAGUGACGAUACAAUCUCGGAUGCCGAUGCUUGGACCUUAUUCGAAGUAAUAGGCGAUUUAGGAUUGGAACGCCCAUUUAGAGAUUGGGAAUUUGUUACCAAAAUCAUUGGAUCUUGGGAGUUAGAUAAGGAUAAUUCUCUAGUUUUAAAAAAAUAUGCAUAUAGAAACCCAUUAACAUUACAGGGUUUCAAUAAUACAGUACCACCAAUGGCUGGUUAUUUACACCUUGAGGUCAAGAAAAACAAAUGGCAAAAACGUUACUUUCAACUAAAAGACGGUUCAAUUUAUCAUAGCAAAGAUGCAAAGGGAACAAAUGAAACAUUCCUUUGUUCAAUGAACAAUAUGAUGCGUAAAGAAAGGCCUGAAUUGUUUAUCGGAAUACCUUCUAAAAAUGAGAAAAUAUCUUCAGCACCGAUUAAUCUUGGCAUGCCAUUAACAAACGCAUUACCUGCAGCGGUUUCUGAGACAACCUCGUUAAUGAGUGAGAUUACAUUUGAAUUAUCAACUCUUAACGUAUCUACUACUACACAGAAGCCAUUCGCACCUGCUCAAGUAACAACGGCUACACAGGAUACAACAAGAACAACUGCACAAGACACAACAAAUUCUACCUCUAAUCAAUCUAAUCAACGAGAUCCUUUGCGUCAUUCAGGAAAACAUGCAGAUUUUUCAGCUGGCCGUCCUUCAACGACUCUACAAUUAAAUACCAAAGAACUUAAGAAAAAUGAAACAUUUAAUACAUCAAAUCCACUUUCUCCACCUGCUGAGGAAUCAAAAAAGAAACAAUAUUCUGGACCAUUCAAAGGUGGUUCUUUGUUAGAUUAUGAUGAAAAAAAUCCACCAACUAAACCUGUAGAACCAGAAUCCGUUACUUUUGUAAAAGGCUCAUUAUUAGCAACAAGUGAUUCAUUAUUCGAACAAGCAAAAGAGCGAGAAAAAACUCGCCGAGGAGUUGGAACUAUCAAAGAUUUGAAUGGAAAUAACGCAUUUAAUACUGUAAAGUUUCAAAAGGGAUCUUUAUUAAGUAAAAGUCCACCCGAAAUUAGCCAACCAUCCCAACUACCUGCGGGUCAUUUGGUACAAAUAGAAGAAGGUGUUCGUUUUCAUAAAGGAUCAUUAUUAAGUAAAAGUCCUCCUGAAACUAGCCAACCAUACCAAAUGCCUGCAGGUCAUUUAAUACAAAUAGAGGAAGGUGUUCGCUUUCAUAAAGGAUCAUUAUUGGCAAAAAGCAAGGAACAUUACGAGAGUCACAGUGCGAAUGAGCGAGUAAACAGAAAAAUAGCAGGAGGUGGUCCAUUACUGACAAUAGAUUCACCGAUAGCAAAUUCACGAAGUGGAGCGCCAAAGUUAUUUUCACCACCUGCAACAACAGCAGCACCUUCGAUAGGAUCAGGAACAGGUAGGUAUCCCGAUUCAGGGAUAGGUGCCGCAAGAAUUGCACCACCUCCAGGAAAAAAGGCACCACCUUCUGUAAUUGCCAUUUCUGGGGUGAACAGGCCUACUGGAGCUGAAUUACCCAUUUGCGGUAUUGUUACAGGCAAUGGUGGUGGGGCAUCAGCAAUUGUAAAAGAAAAAAUAAAGGUGAAAAAGGUUAAGAAACGAAUUGUGAUGAUAAAUUGGUGUUUCUUGCAAAUCAUUGUUUUUAAGAGCUUUAAUAAUUAUUUUUGUAUAUUAAAAGAUAAUCAAGUGCAUCAUUAUGCAAGAUAA